ACACGAAAGAAGUAAAUUNAAAAAAAAAAAAAAAAAAGAAGAAGAAAAAUGCUGCUUCUUCAUGCUCCGGUUUCUCAUAUUCUGCCAUUUAAAUCCUCUGCAGCCCAACCAAAAGGUCUCACAUAUGUGGCUGGAAAAUGUUUUAUUGAAUCUCUUGUUUCACUUUCGUCUCGAAAAAGUGUAUGGACUUCAUAUACAGUUCUUACAUGUUGCUCAAUUUCCCCGAAAGCUUCUUCGUCCCAAGUUGCAUAAUUGCAGCUGCUAAUUCGGAAGUAGCUAGUCCAACAGCUGAGAGCGAUGUCCUGAAAGCCUUGUCCCAGAUAAUUGAUCCCGAUUUUGGCACUGACAUUGUCUCAUGUGGAUUUGUGAAGGAUCUGAAUGUCAGCAAGGAUUUGGGAGAGGUUUCGUUCCGGUUGGAACUCACUACACCUGCAUGCCCAGUUAAAGACAUGUUUGAGCAGAAAGCUCAUGAAGUAGUUGCAGCAAUUCCCUGGGUUGAAAAGGUUAAGGUGACCAUGUCCGCCCAACCAGCAAGACCUGUGUUCUCUGGGCAACUUCCACCUGGUCUACAGACAAUAUCAAAUGUAGUGGCUGUUUCAAGUUGCAAGGGAGGCGUGGGAAAAUCCACUGUAGCUGUAAACCUUGCAUUUACUUUGGCUGGUAUGGGUGCGAGAGUUGGUAUCUUUGAUGCUGAUGUGUAUGGGCCUAGUUUGCCUACAAUGGUAUCCCCAGAAAAUCGGUUGCUUGAAAUGAACCCAGAGAAGAGAACCAUAAUCCCAACUGAAUAUAUGGGAGUUAAAAUCGUAUCUUUUGGGUUUGCUGGACAAGGCCGAGCUAUAAUGCGUGGACCAAUGGUUUCUGGUGUCAUCAAUCAACUGCUGACAACUACUGAAUGGGGCGAACUCGAUUACCUAGUCAUAGACAUGCCCCCUGGAACAGGCGAUAUCCAGCUUACAUUAUGCCAGGUUGUCCCAUUGAGUGCUGCUGUUGUUGUCACUACACCGCAGAAGUUAGCAUUCAUUGAUGUUGCAAAGGGAGUUCGCAUGUUCUCUAAGUUAAAGGUACCUUGUGUUGCAGUUGUUGAGAAUAUGUGCCACUUUGAUGCUGAUGGGAAACGCUACUAUCCAUUUGGCAGAGGUUCGGGCUCUCAGGUGGUCAAGGAGUUUGGAAUCCCCCAUCUAUUUGAGCUUCCUAUAAGACCAACUCUAUCAGCUUCUGGAGAUAGUGGAGUACCCGAAGUCGUGACUGACCCUCAAGGUGAUAUAGCGAAAACGUUUCAGGAUUUAGGCAUCUGUGUGGUUCAACAGUGCGCCAAAAUCCGCCAACAAGUGUCAACAGCAGUAGUAUACGAUAAACUUAUGAAGGCAAUUAGAGUAAAAGUACCUGAAUCAGAUGAAGAAUUUUUUCUGCACCCUGCAACUGUGAGACGAAAUGAUCGAUCUGCAGAAAGUGUGGAUGAAUGGACUGGUGAGCAGAAACUGCAGUACACGGACAUCCCAGAGGACAUUGAACCUGAAGAAAUUCGUGCUAUGGGGAAUUAUGCUGUAUCCAUAACAUGGCCUGAUGGAUUUAACCAGAUAGCUCCAUAUGAUCAACUCCAAAUGAUGGAGCGUCUAGUUGAUGUUCCUCAGCUUCUCCACCAAUAAAACUGCUGCAGAGAUGCUUGAAUGUCACGUUUGGUCGAUUUAUUUCAUACGUUCAUUAAACUUAAUAGUUUUGGAGAAUCUUUGUCUGUUUGAUUGGCGAUUCACCAAAAUUUUUGUCCGCUUCAUGAGCAGCACCAUAAGCUAAUGAAGCAUGUUGCACAAGCUGAUAGUUCUUUAUUGUAAUUUCCUUAAUCUUAACUUCAAUUAUUAUAUUGAUAGAUUUUCCAAAUUGUAUAUACAGGUUGUGUACAAUUUUCUGCAUAUAUGCUGUCCUAACAAAACAUGUUUAUGGCUGCAAUGAGAGUGGAAAUGGAAUGAACAUAGUAUUCUA